AUGGCUAAAGAAUUAUCUAAGAAAGAAACAUCAGGAGAACUUAUUGAUAAACAAAUGACCGUACUGAAAGCUAAUACAGAGCUUAGCGAACCAGAAAUACAAAAAUUUUAUAGUGAUUUCAAGAACGAAUGUCCAUCAGGCACGAUGAACAAAGAGCAGUUCUACAAGUUUUACAAGAGAAUUCUGGUUUCGAAAGAGAAAGAUCUUAGUUUUGUCGAUAAUAUGUUUGCAGUAUUCGACCAAAAUCAUGAUGGCUCAAUCGCUUUUAGUGAAUUUGUAUUAACUUUGGCCAUGCUAAAAAAGCGUGAUUUGAAUGGUACACUCAAUCUUGGAUUCGAAAUGAUGGAUAUAUCAGGCGAUGGAUAUAUUAGUUACGAAGAGAUGGUUGACUUCUUAGAGAAAAUAUUGCGACUGACAGAUCCUGAAGAUAAAAAAGAUAUGAACUCAAAAUUACUUACUAUAGGGAUCUUCAACAUGUUUAAUCUGAAUAAAAGACAGAACAUAAGCAAGAAGCAAUUUAUAGAUGGAUGCAAAAAUAACCAAAGCAUUGCCGAAAUAUUUGGAUUCUCAUGA